AUGGAUGACCUACCGUGGGUUGAUGUAGAAGUGCAACCGGAGGAGCAAAUUCAGCAGCUGUUGCAGCGGCAACAGUUUUUGCAAAAGCAACUACAACAACAGCAGCUACAGCAUCAGCAUCAGGAGGUUGAAGGGGAGCAUCUGAAGGCCGCUUUAGGUCGUCUGCCUUUACGUCUCACCUCGGAUCGUGGGCGUCAGUUCGAGUCGGACCUCUUCAACUCCUUGGCUCGUGUAUGCGGCUCCGAUCAUCUGAAGACAACAGCCUAUAAUCCUGAACCUAAUGGGCUUGUCGAGCGCAUUCAUCACCAGCUUAAAGCAGCGAUCAUGUGUCAUGCUUCAGCUGCUUGGGUGGACAUACUUCCGGUGAUUUUGAUGGAAUUUCCUGUGGCAUGGAAGGAGGAUGUUGGUGCAACUCCUUCGGAACUGGUGUUUG